AAGGCACCUGAACCUGAAAGGACUACCCACAGGCUGCUUCAGGUACUCGGAGGAAAGGCUAAAAGAAAGAAGUUGCUUUCGCCGAAGGGGAUGGAUGUCAGGCCAAUGAUGGAAGUGGUUAAAGGUUCAGCUUUUGACAUAUUGCAGGCAGCUGGGGGCUGUCCUGCAUCUCUAAGGCCUGGGCGCUGGUUAGAUUUGUUCAGUGGUACUGGAUCAGUUGGUAUUGAAGCUAUCAGUAGAGGAUGUGUUCAGGCUCAUUUUGUUGAGAUGGAUCCCUGGGUUAUUUCAAAUGUUCUACAACCAAAUUUGGAGUGGACUGGAUUCCUAGACUUGUCAGUUGUACAUGCUGUUCCUGUUGAAAACUUUCUAAAGCAGGCACAGCAUUUUGUAGGUGAGGACAGGACAUUUGAUUACAUCAGUGUGACACCUCCAUAUAUGCUAGUUGACUAUGGCAUAUUGAUGGAUCUCAUUUCAAAAUCAGGCAUAAUUGGAGAAAAUACAUUUAUCGUGGUGGAAUAUCCUCUAAGGACAAACAUGCUAGAUUCAUGUGGAUGCCUCAUGAAGGUACUCGCCUGUGCCUGAUAUAUAUCAUCGUAAG